UACUACGCGGGGUAACGCGACUUACUGGAGUCGAACUCCGGUGGAGAUGGCGGAGUCAGAUGAACUUAGCCACUUGACUAAACAUGUCAAACCAACAAUUAUAUUAAAAUGGAAAGAAUUUUCUGUGAUUCCAUAAAGAUGGAAAAUAUAUAUCCUAGCUUUUAACCAGCCAAUUAUCAUGUUGAAUCAUUGAUUUUCUAUAUAUCGAAAGAUUUAAUAACUGUUCUACAAAUGAGUAUUUUUUAGCCUUAACAAUAUACUAUUUAUGUAUAAAUAAACCCCAAAGAUUUGGAUCAUUCGUCCUCACCCACACCAUACCGACACGAAUAUUAUGGCAACACCCUGAAUUGUCAUUUUCCAUUUCAUGGCUUCUUCACUAGCCAAACCGAACGACAAAGCCAAGAACAAGAUCAAGAUUCGUGAAGACACUGAAACUCCAGAUUUUGUGUCUACUCAUAUUUGCAUCAAACGUAUUCAUACCACACAAACACUAGACCGGGAAGUGAUUCUACGGCGCAUACGCCAACGCCGACGUGCGAACAGGGUCAGAUCAGUAAUUCAACUACUGUUUGGUUUCCCGUUUACUAGCAAAAAGCAAGAAAGUAAUGCCGAUCAAGAUCCCGAUGAUUCUUCAAGGGUGCCAUGACGUUUGGUUUGAAGAAGAUACAACUAAAUAAGGGAAAUGUAGAGAAAGAUUUACAUGAUGUCGAACAUGAGAUGAAGACUUUACCAUGUAAAAUAGACACUUGUGAGGCAUUAGCUAGCUAUGGAAACAAAGUUCAAGCACACCUAAGAGUAAUUAAUAUGAAGAUUAGAGAGCUCAAGGGAAAUGUAGAGAAAGAUUUACAUGAUGUCGAACAUGAGAUGGAGACUUUACCAUGUAAAACACACACUUCUGAGGCAUUAGCCAAUAGCUAUGGAAACGAAAUACAAGCUCUCAAAACAAACCUAAGAGUAUGUGAUAUGAAGAUUAGAAAUCUCGAAGCCGUGAUCAAUUGUUGUGAUAAAGAGAUAAAAGAGCUACGUUGCUGCAAAGAUCUCAUUGUGUUUGGUUUAGUCUUGUUCAUGGCCUAUUUUUUCAUCUUUGCAUAAGAGUUUGUGAUUUGGUUUAUGAAAAUAUUCAUGACUUUAACUAUAAGCUUGUAAUGUGUAUCAUCAAUUUAACUAAAUAGUUUUUUUUUUU